AUGGAUUUAGGCGGCAGCUGGGAUACCUACCUACCCUUGGUGGAGUUUUCCUAUAAUAACAGCUAUCACACAAGCAUUAAACCCGCUUCGUUCAAAGCUCUGUAUGGUCGCAAAUGUCGCUCACCCUUGUGUUGGGCCGAAGCUGGUGACAAACAGCUAAUUGGUCUCGAACUAGUCCAAGAAACGACUGACAAGAUCUUUCAGAUCAGAGACUGGAUCAAAGAGGCUCAUGAUCGACAGAAAAGCUACGCCGACCGAAGACGAAAACCGAUAGCUUUCGAGGUGGGAGACAUGAUUCUGGAGAAAUUUGGUACCGUGGCGUACAAAUUGGAAUUACCAGAGGAAUUAAAUGGUGUACACGAUAUGUUCCACGUAUCAAACCUCAAAAGGAGUCCAACACAAGAAACCGUUGUCAUCCCUACGGAUGAGGUUCAUAUUGACGAAAAGCUCCAAUUCACAGAAGAACCUGUUGAGGUAAUGGACUGGAAGGUCCAGAAGACGAGGAGAAGUCGCAUUAAGCUGGUUAAUGUACGUUGGAACUCUAAACACAGGCCCGAGUAUACUUGGGAACGUGAAGACCAGUUCAAGGCCAAGUACCCCCACUUGUUCGAGAAAACUCCUGCGAGAUAUAACUCAACCUGA